AUGCUUGCCGAAGUCGCCGAUAUGGCGAAACCUGCUGGCGACGACACAUCUUCGCCUCUGGACGAUAGAACCGAAGAACCGCGACAGGACCCUGAGCACGAGUCUGAUUCGAAGAAAGAAAGCCCCGAAUCGGAAUCCGAUAAACAGGCGGAAGAUAAUAAACAGGACCCUGCAUCCAAAAACCAGGACAGACUUCAGAGAUUCAAGGCCCUCCAGGCAAGAGCAAAAACUGCUACCAAAAGUAACUUGAAAGAAACCGCAGCAGAAGCACACCGUCUAUCCGUCGAUCCUAACGCCCUAUCCUCCAUUUCACGAAAACACGCAUUUGCGUCUCACAGCCUACUUAAAGCUGAUAUAGAAGCCGCGGGCGAAGAUUUCGAGCGAAAACGAGCAUGGGACUGGACAGUAGAGGAGUCGGAGAAGUGGGAUAGACGAAUGGACAAGAAGCAAAAACACCGGGAGAAUGUUGCUUUCCAGGACUAUCGUCAAGAUGCGCACAAGAACUACAAGAGACAGCUACGACGGAUGCAACCAGACUUGGAGGCCUAUGAAAACGAGAAAGCGGCCGCUGUCCAGCGUGCAGCUGCGAAUGGUGGACUUGAGAUAGUCGAGGACGAAAAUGGGGAUAUUGUUGCGAUCGAUAAAAACGGGACCUUUUACUCAACUGCUGAUUCCACGGAUUUUGUGGAGAACCGACCAGAGCGAGCAGCCGUCGACAGGCUAGUUGCUGAUAUGCAGAAGGCCGAGGAGACACGUCUAAAGAAACGGAGAGAGCGCGGCCAAGGAGAUGACGAGGCAGAUGUUACGUACAUCAAUGACAAAAACAAACGCUUUAACCAGAAACUGGCAAGGUUUUACAACAAGUAUACUGCGGAGAUUCGUGACAGCUUUGAGCGAGGGACGAUGAUAUAA